AUGGCCUGUAUCCUUCUCUUAAAGUUUUUCCUGCUUCUAACCCUCGCAGCCACCUCCCAAGGCAACCGCCUUGGCCCCACCUCUCGCUUGCGUUACUCCAGGUUCCUAGAUCCUUCCAAUGUCAUUUUCCUGCGCUGGGACUUUGACCUUAAGACUGAGGUCAUUGUUUUUGAGCUCCAGGUUCGAACGGCUGGCUGGGUAGGUGUGGGCACCACAAACCGCUACACCAUCGUGGGAGGUGAUCUGGUCAUUGGAGGAGUCCUGCCUGAUGGCAAUGUCUAUUUCUCGGAUCAACACCUUGUGGAUGAAGACACUCUAGAAGAGGAUGGGAGCCAGGAUGCUGAGCUGCUGGGGCUAACAGAAGAUGAUACCUAUACAACCAUGCGCUUUUCCAGGCCUUUCCGCUCCUGCGACCCUCAUGACCAGGACAUUACGAGUGACACGAUGCGAGUCCUGACUGCCUAUGGCCUGGAUGACACACUGAAGCUCAGGCGGGAGCGUACUUUUGUCAAGUCCAUCUUCCUGCUACAAAUAUUCCACCCUGACGAUCUGGAUUUCCCCAUGGACACCAUGAUCCAUGACUUGGAGAUCACCGAUUUUCUCAUUCCAGAGGAUGAUACCACCUAUGCCUGUACCUUUCUGCCUCUCCCCAUUGUCAGCGAGAAGCAUCACAUCUUCAAGUUUGAGCCCAAGUUGAUAGACCACAACGAGUCCAUGGUGCACCACAUCCUAGUGUAUGCCUGCGGCAAUGCCAGCACCCUCCCCACCGGCAUCAAUGAAUGCUAUGGAUUCGACCCUGCCUUCUCCCUCUGCUCACAGAUUAUUGUGGGCUGGGCUGUCGGAGGCCUUAGUUACCAGUUUCCAGAUGAGGUGGGCAUCUCUAUAGGGACUCCCUUGGACCCUCAGUGGAUCCGCCUGGAGGUUCACUACAGCAAUUUCCACAACCUACCUGGUGUGUAUGACUCCUCAGGGAUUCGAUUGUACUACACCACUCACCUGCGGAAAUACGAUAUGGGUGUCCUCCAGCUGGGCGUCUUGACUUUCCCCAUCCAUUUCCUACCCCCGGGUGCUGAGUCUUUCAUGUCCUAUGGGCUGUGUAAGACAGAGAAGUUUGAAGAGAUGAAUGGGGCCCCAGUGCCUGACAUGAAGGUAAUAGGCUACUUACUCCACACCCACCUGGCUGGGCGGGCUCUACAGACCGUGCAAUACAGAAAUGGAAGACAGCUCCGAACAAUCUGUAAAGAUGAUGCUUAUGACUUCAAUCUGCAAGAGACUAGAGAUUUACCUGGUGAUGUGGAGAUCAAGCCGGGAGAUGAAUUGCUGAUAGAAUGUAACUACCAGACUCUGGAUCGGGACUCCAUGACCUUUGGAGGAACCAGCACCCUUAAUGAGAUGUGUCUUGUCUUCCUCUUCUACUAUCCCCGAAAUAACAUCUCCAGCUGCCUGGGGUAUCCUGACAUCAGUCACGUGGUCCAGGAGCUUGGGGAAGAGGCUGCAGAAAGUCCCAUGGACAACCUGAUGGUCAUGAACAAUGUUGAGUGGACUCCAGAGAACAUUAAGACAGCUGAGAAAGCCUGCAAGGAGGCCAGGCAGACAGUGAUGCUCAAGACUAUUGACGAGUUGAUAGAAAACACCACAGGCUGGAUUCCUGACAUCAUCCCUACACCUCGGGGUCCCUGUUUGGAGUCCUCUGGAGGCAAAGUGGAGCCCCAAGACCAGACCCUUGCAGGCUUCCGGGAUGCACCAGGAGCCCUUUCUGGCUCCAACACAGCUACCCUGAGAAGCAUCCACCUGGCUGCCCUCUUGUUCCUGCAGGGCACUGUCCCAUGGCUCCUUGCCAUGCUGCAGACUGGAAUCUGAUUCUUUGUUGUCUUGCCACAUACCCAGAGCCCUCUCUCUUCAACCCUCCCCUUACCAUCAAAUACAGAA